AUGCGUCUCAACGUGACGUCCACGAGCAACGUGCACAAAGAGCUCGUGGCAUGCGUCGGAUGGAACGCGUUCAACGAGCUGUACAGCUGCGGCGACGAUAAGACCGUCAGCCGAUGGGACAUAAACGGCGACGCGGGCGGAAAGGUGCGAACCGACCGGUACGUCACGGACAUGCACUGGUUCCCCGCGGGUAAAGGCGGCGGAUCCACCGGCGGCAACGACGUGUUCGCGUGCUCCUUCUCGGACGGAUGCUUCCGGAUCCUCACGAGAGGCGGUCGCGUGGAGCGGCACGUCCCGGACGCGCACCGCGGGGCGUGCGUCUCCCUCCGAUGGAACCCCGACGGAACCGCGCUCGCGACGUGCGGCGAGGACGGAGCGCUGAAGACGUGGGGCAGGAACGGCAUGCUCCGCGCGGUGCUCGAGCAGCUCCAACACGCCAUCCACGCCAUCUCGUGGUCGCCCUCGUGCGACGCCGUCGCCGCGGGAUGCGGCAAAGACCUGUACGUGAAAUCCGCGGACCCCGGCGGGCGCAAGACGAUACGGUGGAAGGCGCACGACGGCGCGGUGCUCGCGGUGGACUGGUCCCCGCGGGGCGACGUCAUCGUGUCCGGAGGCGAGGACUGCAGGUACCGCGUGUGGGACGCGUUCGGCCGAACGCUGUACGCGUCGCCCACGAUGGACCACCCGACGACGUCGUGCGCGUGGGCGCCGGGCGGGGACGUGUUCGCCGUCGGAUCCUUCGAGCGCGCGUACCUGUGCGACAGGACGGGGUGGUCGUCCCCGGGCGGCGGUAAAUGCCAAUUAGCCGACGGCUUCGGCAGCGUGUUUGGUUUGGCGUGGUCCCCCGACGGGACGACGCUCGCGGGUUGCGGCGGGGGCGGAUACGUCUUCGUCGCGGGAACCGUUGGAGAUGCGAAGGAGUGGGGCGACGCCGAGGCGUCCGUGAGCGAGGCGGAUCCGCACGCCGUGAUCGUCAGGUGCGUGUCACGGGAGAACACGUCGUCGACGAUCGAGCUGAGAGACAGGGCGUCGAGGCUGUCGCUCGCGCACGGGUACUUGGUGUGCGUCACGACGAACCAGGUUUGCGUGUACAGAGCGGACGUACAGACCGGCCGGUGGUCCAACCAACCCGCGUGCGUGCUGGACGUGCGGGACGUCGUCACCCUGGUGCUGCAGUGCCGCGCGUGCUUUUUGCUGUGCACGGGAGGCGCGGACGGCGGCGCCGCGAGGGUAUACGGGUACGAGGGGCGAAUGAUUUGCGAGCUCAAGACGCAGGGCUUCGCGCGGCCCGAGUCGCUGUCGGACGGCGUCGUCGCGCUCGCCCCCGACACGUGCGCCGUCGUGGACAGGAACGACGCGCGCGUCGUCCGAUUCCUCGACACGAACGCUGGUAGGCCCGUGGGUACGGACGUGACGCACGACUUGGACGUCGUUCACGUGGCGCUGUCGCAAAACGGCCAAGCGCCCGAUCGACGAUGCGCCUUUGUCGACGCCAACCGCGACGUCUACGUCGUCCCGGUGCUCCGACGCGGUGCCGACGAAAAUCACGCGCUCCUGGCGACGAUGGUCGACGACGUGCGGUGGAGCGACACGACGGACAUGCUCGCCGCGAUGUGCGACGGUACGCUGCACGCGUGGUACUAUCCCGACGCUUUCUACGUCGACCCGGACUUGGCGCCCCGGACGAAGCUGGUCAAGCACGCCGGUCAAGCGGGCGUCGACUUUGGCAAGUCCCCGCGCAUCGUCGCGUUCGACGGCGCGCGGUGCACGGUGCGCAGGGUGGAUGGCGCGAGAAUCGCGUGCUCGGUGAGCGCGCACGCGCCGGUGCUUUACAAACACGUCUUGGCGAACCAGUGGGACCGCGCGAUUCGUCUGUGCCGUUUCGUGAAGGACGACUCGAUGUGGGCCUGCCUCGCGGCGAUGGCGGUGGCGAACAAGGACCUGAACACCGCGGAGAUUGCGUACGCGGCGGUGGAGGAGGUGGAGAAGGUGCAGUUUGUGCAGGCGAUCAAGAAGAUUCCGACGGAGGAGGGGCGGAUGGCUGAGCUGGCGCUGUUUCGGCGCAAACCGGACGAGGCCGAGUCGAUUUUGUUGCAAGCGGGUGCCGUGUACAGGGCCAUCGACAUGCACGUGCGACUGUUCAACUGGCGGAGGGCGCUGGACCUCGCGGUGCAGCACAGAACGCACGUGGACACCGUGCUCUAUCGCCGCGCGCGCUACCUCGAGGAGGCGCAGAGGCGCGAAACCGACGAGAGCUUCAAGGAGUACUCGCGGUCCGUGCAGGUGGACGAGGAAGCGGUGCUGGCGAAGAUUGCGCAGGAGGGCGAAAAGGAGAAGGAACGCGCGAGGCCCGUGGGAGGAGGAGUAGGAGGAGGAGGAGGCGGUAGGACGUCGCGCGAUACGGGGGGGGCGCCGCCGAGCGUGCGGAGCAUGAUGCGCGAGAGUGGGUCCGCGUCUGGUGGUUCGUCCGCCAGGUCUCGCGCGAGCAGGCGAUGA